AUGCUUGUUGUCAUUGGGCUAACCCCAUACAUAAAAGACGUAUCUGGGUGUGUAUUAUCUCAGACAGUAAGUACAGGAAGGGAGUGGUUUGCUCUGUCAGCUGAAUUAUGAGAAAUCACACAGAGUCUGGUUGUGAAUAAGCCGUGUGAAGAAGCCGAAGAAUGAAAGCCCUGGUAAAUUCAGAUUCUGACUUUUUAAUGUUUCCAUAUAGCUAAUGUGAAUAAAUGUAAUGAUUUAAUAUCAAAUCCUGUUUGAAUAAUAAGUGAUUGUUAACUACCUUGGCAAAUACUUUUGAUUGCGUGUUUACGUCAAAGGUCUGUAUAUUACUGUCUUAACAUAUGCACUUUUUGUAAUGUAAAUAUGUUUUUCAUUUGUUUUCUUUGGAGUUGUACACCAAAUAUAGGUAAAUUUCACACAGACAUAUAAGGUUUUCAGUGUUUUUGUAAGAAUAUGGACAGGGUGAGUCCACUAGCUGUUCUCGCUGCCAGCAAUGUCCUUCUACAUUUCCAACGGUUACAUGGAAAAUCAGCUUUCAGCAUUCCACAAAACACAAUCAUGGCCUCUGGAGGAGGUUUUACCACAUUCCGAUGGCUGUGCACCAUUAUCGGAUUGAUUUUUUAUAUCGGAGACAUUAUUUCAGAUCUCUUGUUAACUGUGCAAUAUUUCAGGGGCGGACAUUGUACCUGGGCUGUACUUACGCUUGUUUUUAUUGUGAGCGGAUCUUUGUGCAUUCAAAUAUUUAGUUAUGCAUGGUUUGAAGAUGACAAGAAAAAUGAGAAUUAUGAAGACGAAGACAAACCUCUGUCGACUGGACAUCUGAUUGGGAUACAUGUACUGCAGAUUGGCAUUUUCACAAGGUAUCAUCAUCUGUUGAAAAGGAGUUAUAAAGCCCUGUGGUUAGGUCAGACUCAAGAGGAUGUGCAGUUACGUCUUUUCGCCCUAGCUACAGAUCUGAGCAUGCUCCGUUUGUUCGAGACCUUCCUUGAAAGUGUUCCUCAACUUGUUCUGCAACUCUAUAUCAUACUGGAGUACAACCAUCGCUCCAUUUUACAAUAUAUCAGCAUGGCUAUGUCUUUCCUCAACAUAGCCUGGGCCACAGUGGAUUAUCGUCGAUGUUUCCGGCGUUCUUUACCUCACGUUAAUGAGAUGCCCUCUAGAAUGCCCACAGCUGUAUAUCUGCUCUACAAGAUAUUCACCAUAACCCCUCGAAUCCUCAGUCUCACCAUCUUUAUCAUGCUUUCCACCUUCAGCCCUCUAGCAAUGGCCUUUAUCUGGCUAGUGGGAACCAUCUGGGCUCAUCUAGAGAAGACUGACUUUUGCAUUUCACCGCGUCUUGAACAUCUUUAUCGAGCCACUGUUGGAAUCAUUCUACUUUUCACCUUCUUUAACAUAAAAGGGGAAAACACCAAAGUUCACAUGACAGUGUAUUACAUCCUCACUUUGAGUCAAAACAUUGCUGCUCCCAUCAUGCUGUUUCUGUUCAAACCAGAAUCUGAGGGAACGGAUUACUUCUUGCCUAUGUUGUUUUUUAUAGUAUUUUCUAAUUCGAUGGGACUUGGUUUUUUGGCACUUUACUAUAGUCUCCUGCAUCCCCGUGGGGUCAGCAGAGUGGCAGAUGAGAUUGAUGGAAUGCACCAAGAGCCUCUGAGUCCCCCGAAAACAACACGUUUAGAUCGUUUUUUACAAAUAUGAUGUUGGAUUGUGGACUAAUGGAAACAAGACUAUUAAAACUGUGCAAUAGACAGAUAUUUAUGAAUGCAAUAUGUGCUGGAAUUGAUCAAGUAAAAAAAUGAAAUCUUUAAGCUAUUAAAGUGUUUUAAGAGGUACUAAAAAGGACAUUUUGUAUGAUUGUACAGGUGAAAUGUU